AUGUUGAAGCUGUUGUGCUUCGUCGCUUUCCUCUCUGUAGCCCUUAGUACUGGUUACGGAGGCAAAGGUGGUUAUGGUGGAAGUUCCUAUGGAGGCAAAGGCGGCUAUCCAGUAGUUUUCUUUGGAGGCAAAGGCGGCUAUCCAGUAUUUUUCUUUGGAGGCAAAGGUGGCUAUGUCAAAAAUUACUAUGGAGGCAAAGGUGGAUAUGGAUGGGGUUCCUAUGGCGGCAAAAGCGGUUAUCCAGUAGUUUACUAUGGAGGCAAAGGUGGCUAUGGAGGAGAUUACUAUGGAGACAAAGGUGGCUAUGGAGGUAGUUCCUAUGGAGGCAAAGGCGGCUAUCCAGUAGUUUUCUUUGGAGGCAAUGGUGGCUAUGUCAGAAAUUACUAUGGAGGCAAAGGUGGAUAUGGAGGGGGUUCCUAUGGCGGCAAAAGCGGUUAUCCAGUAGUUUACUAUGGAGGCAAAGGUGGCUAUGGAGGAGAUUACUAUGGAGGCAAAGGUGGCUAUGGAGGAGAUUACUAUGGAGGCUUUGGAUAUGGAGAGGGUUCCUAUGGAGGCAAAGGUGAUUAUCAAGUAGUUUACAAUGGAGGCAAAGGCGGCUAUGGAGGAGAUUACUAUGGAGGAAAAGGCAGCAAUGGAAGAGGUUCCUAUGGAGGAAAAGGCGUCUAUGGAGAAGGUUCCUAUGGAGGAAAAGGCGGCUAUGGAGGAGGUUCCUAUGGAGGAAAAGGCGGCUAUGGAGGAGGUUCCUAUGGAGGAAAAGGCGGCUAUGGAGGAGGUUCCUAUGGAGGAAAAGGCGGCUAUGGAGAAGGUUCCUAUGGAGGAAAAGGCGGCUAUGGAGGAGUUUCCUAUGGAGGAAAAGGCGGCUAUGGAGGAGGUUCCUAUGGAGGAAAAGGCGGCUAUGGAGGAGGUUCCUAUGGAGGAAAAGGCGGCUAUGGAGGAAGUUUCUAUGUUGGCUUAGGUUAUGGAGGUGAUUCCUAUCGAGGCAAAGGUUACGGAGGGGUUUAUUACAAUGGUGGUUUCGGAUCCGGUGGCGCCUCUGGGAGAUCUUUCGGAAAAGAUUACUACUGAAAACUAGGAAUCAAUGGUCUUCUUGAAGAGUGUAUAUGGGAUUAUGUGUGUGUACAUUAUUUCUACUUCAUUAAUAAAAUAUGGAAUG